AUGGAGGAGGACGUAGGAGGAGGGAGGGAGGAGGACGGAGGAGGAGGGAGGAGGACAGAGGAGGACGGAGGAGGACAGAGGAGGACGGAGGAGGAGGAAGGAGGAGGAGGAGGGAGGCAGAGGAGGAAGGAGGAGGAGGACGGAGGAGGAGGGAGGCGGCAGAGGAGGAGGGAGGAGGAGGAGGGAGGAGGAGGGACGCAGAGGAGGACAGAGGAGGACGGAGGAGGAGGGAGGAGGCAGAGGAGGAGGGAGGAGGAGGAGGCAGAGGAGGACAGAGGAGGACGGAGGAGGGAGGAGGAGGAGGGAGGAGGAGGACGGAGGAGGGAGGAGGCAGAGGAGGAGGAGGAGGAGGAGGACGGAGGAGGAGGGAGGAGGACGGGACGGAGGAGGAGGGAGGAGGCAGAGGAGGAGGGAGGCAGAGGAGGAAGGAGGAGGAGGACGGAGGAGGAGGGAGGAGGCAGAGGAGGAGGGAGGAGGAGGAGGGAGGAGGAGGACGCAGAGGAGGACAGAGGAGGACGGAGGAGGAGGGAGGAGGCAGAGGAGGAGGGAGGAGGAGGAGGCAGAGGAGGACAGAGGAGGACGGAGGAGGGAGGAGGAGGAGGAGGGAGGAGGAGGACUGAGGAGGGAGGAGGAGAGCGGAGGAGGAGGGAGGACGGAGGAGGACGGAGGAGGAGGGAGGAGGACAGAGGAGGACGGAGCAGGAGGGAGGAGGAGCGGGGAGGAGAGCGGAGGAGGAGGGAGGACGGAGGAGGAGGGAGGACGGAGGAGGAGGGAAGAGGACAGAGGAGGACGGAGGAGGGCGGAGGAGGACGGAGGAGGACGGAGGAAGCAGAGGAGGACAGAGGAGGAGGGAGGAGGCAGAGGAGGAGGAGGACAGAGGAGGAGGGAGGAGGACAGAGGAGGAGGGAGGAGGCAGAGGAGGAGGAGGACAGAGGAGGAGGGAGGAGGACAGAGGAGGAGGGAGGAGGCAGAGGAGGAGGAGGACAGAGGAGGAGGGAGGAGGCAGAGGAGGAGGACAGAGGAGGAGGGAGGAGGAGGAGGACAGAGGAGGAGGAGGACAGAGGAGGAGGGAGGAGGAGGAGGACAGAGGAGGAGGGAGGAGGACGGAGGAGGACGUCUCAUACUUUCUGGGCACUAAUCCAAAGUUUAUGGAGAUGUGGUUAG